UAUCAUCUUCCUCAUAUUCUUUGAUUUGGGCUAGCUUAGCUUCCUCUAAAUAAAAGAGUUUUCUCCCCAACAAAAAUAAGCGAUUCUAAAGAAAACUUCGUGGAAAUGACGUCCUACUCGACUUCACAAUUGAUUUUCACCAUUUCCCCUCCUUCUCCAGUUGCCAUUAUCGGGCCUCCAGAGGUGGUGGAAACUUCCGGUGGCGAUCAUGCAACAAUGAUGAUAUCCAACAACGGUCUUCCUCAUCAGCGGAUGGACGUUGAUCAGGCUCCUGAAGAUCACAACAUUAUUGAUGUUCUAAACGUCGAACCUUCAUCUCCAAAAAGAAGGGAAGAUGAGGUAUCAAACAUUAUUGGAACCUUAAGAGCGGGCAGAUACAAUGAAGGGGUCAUAAUUCAAAUGGAAAGUGAAGAAAACAAUCUUGACGAUGGUUAUAGCUGGAAAAAAUAUGGUCAGAGACUCAUCAUGGGGAACCAAAAUACGAGGAGUUACUACAAAUGCACAUUCGCUGGGUGCGAUGUGAAGAAGCAUGUGGAGAGAAGAGCAGACAAUGUGAAGUCAUUGGUGAUUACAUACUAUGGGAAUCAUGAGCACGAUGCACCAGUUCAACGCAGAAAGUGUUACUCUCUAAAGAAGAGGUCAGGUUCUUCAAUGUUUCAAGAUGCUAGCAAUCGAACCCCUCGUGUCAACAGCUCAGAAGGGGAAACAGUUUGAUUGUAUCAAUCAUAUAGUCAUAUUAUACUUCAUUAAUAGAUUCGUAUGUAACAUGCCUGAUUAUAUCCAUCUUCCUUGAUGUCAAGCCAUUAAGUAUUUGGGAUUAGCUAUGAUAUUCUUCUUUACAAGAAGUGUGUGAAGCCUUAAGUUUCAAGCCUUUGACUUGCUUUCCGAAUAAGCGAGAAAGUGUGAAAUUGAAUUGGGUUUAAUAUUCUUGUUAUGCUUUGCAGUACUUAGUUAUAUUUUAC